ACAACUAUUUUCGCCGAUAAAUAAUAUUUGUAGCAACCGGUGAAAUCCCGUUUCACUUCAAAUCGCUAGCAACGCCUUCUCUUCAGUAUUUGUGUAAAGGAUUAACUGAAAGUACACGCAAUUUGUGUUAUAUUGUUACGUUAAAGUGGUAAAGUGUGAAUUGUCGUUCGCCAUCAACAAUAAUGUUGGAUAAGUAAAUUGAAAAAGUGACUUUGGUGGUAUAAAUCGUGAAGAUCGUGUGGUUUUCGGUUUUGCUAUCCGAACAAAUGGUUGCAGAACAGUGCCCGGUGCCAGCUAUGUUCGUAUCGAGGGUGACAGAAUAUCAUCUUGGAUCUGGCGCCUUUAUCUUCUUCAACCUGACGAGACAGGAUUAUAGCUGACGAGUAUUAUGCUCUUGCUAGAGCAGAGACUAAGUGCACGGCACUUGGGGCGCGGGGUGGUGCUGAAAGCGAGACUCGUUCAUGGCGUUGAGGCCAGAGGCUGGCGUAUGAAGUUCUCCUUGCUGAAAGCCGAGGUGGAAAUUGAAGCCGACCCUGGGACGUAUAGAGAAUUAGCAAGAAGGCUGAAUGCAGCUAAUGUCCAUGUCAGGCCUGCGCGUCGUUUGACGAAUGUGGCCCCAAAGACAAGUCCAGUCACAGUGAACAAGCCUGUCCUACCACAACCUGCUAUUCUUGCCUCUUCGAAUCAGAUGAAACCAUUGUAUUGCCAGGAUGGCGAGAUGAAAGUAAACUCUCCGCCGUGCCACUCGCCUGGCGCCAUCUUGCCAGACUUGCCCCAGCCGGCCGAAGACCCUGACAAGAAUUGCGGCCUGGCCAAAGAGGCUUCUGCAUCGGAGACUCAGGCUUGGUUAUCUAGACAUCGGUUUGCCCAGCACGCGAGUACUUUUGCCAACUUUUCUGGUGCUGAUUUGCUCAGGCUGUCUCGUGACGACAUCAUCCAGAUUUGUGGACUCGCCGACGGUAUACGUCUGUUCAACGCUCUACACGCCAAGCGCAUCGAGCCCCGCCUGACGGUGUACGUGUGCCCCGCGGGCAGCAACAUUUACUCCGCGCUCUACCUGCACGCCUGUCGCGCGCCGGAGCUGCUGCGCAAGCUCAACCAGCUGCUGCCUCAACAGGCGCACAAGGAGUGCGAGGCGGUGCUGGUGUCGGGCCCCAACGGCGCGCGCGUGCGCCUCACAGACGAGCUGGUGCGUCACCUGCCCGACAACGCCACCUUCCGCCUCGACAGGCUUGAUGACACCAAUGCCUUGCUUCUAUCCGCCACCAACAACUAGGUCGCAGCCAAACUUGGCGCCGACCGCGUUGACCUCAAGAACGGUACUCGAGUUUCUUCUGAGAAGUAAUCGUAUCGGAGCUGGAUAGUGUUUAAAUCCGAUGCCAAUAUAAGUUUAAAUGAUGCCAAUAUUGUGUUAAGUUGACACAGAAUCGCAUUGCCCCAAUGUCUUAGCGUGGAGUCUAAAGCAUCUGCGGUGCCAAUAUCUUCGUGUGGAGUCAAUGUUGUAUGUGACCAAAUAUCGUGUGGUGUCAAGUGGUAUUUGUGACGCCAAUAUAGUUUGAUGUCCGGAUUAUCUAUAAUGCCAAUAUAGUGUUUAGUUGACACAGUACCGCGUUGCCCCAAUGUCUUUGCGUGGAGUCUACGUUGAGUCUAGACUAUCAGUGUUGCCAAUAUCUUCGUGUGAAGUCAAGGUUGUCUGUGACCCAAUAUCUUUUGAUGUCCAGAUUAUCUAUGAUGCCAAUAUUGUGAGCUAUCAAGGUUAUUUGUGAUGCCAAUUUCGUUUGACGUCCAAAUUAUCUGUGAUGCCAAUAUCGUGCAGUGUCAAGGCCAUCUGUAGUGCCAAUACUUUCGCGUACAGUCAACUAUGUGUAUACGGUAUUGCCGGCCGGAAUUUAAUAAUUAAUUUAAUUUCUAUUAUUAAAAUUUUGUAAAAUCGAGUAGCUUUGACAAGUUACCAACCUUGGCCCAGUAAUGUUUAUACAAAUGCAAACUAUGUGUAAUAUUUCACCGAAUUUUGUGGAUUUCUAUCGAUUAUGUUGUUAUAGUGUUAUUAUUGGUCGAUAUGAUUUGGAAAAAUGAUUGUCUCCUAUUUAUAAUAAAUUCGAACGUCUAUUGACAAUCUAUAAUAAAAAUAGUAGGUACAGUCGCCUGCAUGAAACCUAUUCACAUAGCAAGAAAAUAUUCAUAUAAUGUUUUGUUCAAUUUGACAAAUGUUCAACCUGUGAAUAACAACUAUUCAAUGAAAGAUUCUGUAGUUAUGGUUGUUUUUUCGCUA